GCUGCCAGCACUUGCCUGUUGUAUUUCUACGUGCUGCCCAGCCUUGCUACGCUCUUUUGCUAUCUGGACAACCCCCUCGCGUCGGUGGAGCUCUGACACACGCUGUCGAAGCUAUUGGACUCCUCGGGCACUCUUGAACCGCUUUACGGAGAAACGCCAUGUUCUUCAAAGGACUGCUAUAUGGUCUCGUGCUGCUACCAUUGGGUAUUCUAGCUGCGCUCGAUGACAAGUCGAAGCUUGCGAACAGGACUAUUGACCGGACUGUGUCUCUGCGGACACACUCAAUAUACCCCCCAUACAUCGACCAAGACCUCCAAAAUAGGUGGUGGGACUUUGGCGGCGAUGCCUACGUCAACACCAACAAGCACAUCCGCCUGACUCGGCAGGUCCCGUCUCAGAUGGGUUGGCUGUGGUCGCGCGUACCACUCUCCGCAUCCAACUUCGUGAUCGAGGUUGAGUUCAAGAUCUCUGGUGACAACAACCACUUAUUUGGUGAUGGGCUUGCUAUCUGGGUGACAAAAGAGCGUGCCCAGCCCGGCCCCGUAUUCGGUAGCAUCGACAAGUUCGAAGGCCUCGGCGUCUUCCUUGACACGUAUGCCAACUCGCGGCACCCCUACGCAUUCCCGCGUGUCACCGCUAUGCUAGGUGACGGCAAGACGGAAUACGACCAGGAGCACGACGGCGAAGGUAGCAGCAUCGGCGCGUGUUCUGGCAACUACCGCCGGACGAACGUUGCGACGAAGCUCAAGAUUACGUACCUCCGCGACCAGUACCUCAACGUGAAGAUGCAGUACAAGGCCUGGGAUGAGUGGACCGACUGUUUCACCGUCAGGGGCCUGACGCUCCCGCUCGCGCCCUACGUCGGCUUCUCCGCCAUGACCGGCGACGUCACCGACAACCACGACAUCAUCAGCGUCACGACGUACUCCGCGGUGCUCUCGAGCCCCGACGCGCAGCGCGACAAGCUCACCGGCGCGAAGGCCCCCAAGCGUGCCGCCACCUCCUCGGGUCCCCUCGCCUGGAUCAUGUUCUUCUUCGGGCUCAUCGGGAAGCUCUUCCUCGCGUUCGUCGUGUUCGCCAUCGGCGUGCAGAUCUACAAGUGGUGGAUCAUGCGCCAGACGAACCAGCGCAUUGCGGCGAACUUCGGGCCUGGAUCCAAGUACGGCGCGAUGUUUGCGGACGGGAAACGCUUCUGAGCGUACGUAGCGGGCGAGGGUGAAGGUGUCUGGCCGCGGUGCACAUGUAUGGGGUCGGAAUCUUUCCAUAAAUAUUAUUUGCCAACUGUCAGACGUACGUCUGCACCGAAUGAGCA